AUGCCGCUGUUCUUUUACCUUGGCGACAUCGGUUAUAAAAAGGGUAUCGAUUUACUGACAACAUAUCCGAUCUCCAACCUCUCGCCGUUGAAUAAAGUUCUUAUGGAGAAAACAUCUGUUAAGGAAAACAUGACGAUGGAUGUAAAUGUUCGUUUUGAACAUUCUUGGUGGCGAAUUUUACUUAUCAUUGGUGCAAUAAUUGCUUUUAUACUUACUUGUACUUUUAAUGGUUUAGCAAGUAGUGGUUCAAACGGUAUGAGUGACGGUCACAUGCCAGUGAAAACAUUUUAUUGUAUUUUGCCGCGUUCUGUUUCAGGUAUUUUUAAGCAAGCUACUGGUAGUGUGAGUGAUGACAACCUGACAGAUUUUACUCCAGCUGGCUGGACAUUUUCUGUUUGGGGCGUAAUAUAUUUUUGGCAAGCAGCGUGGUUGAUCUAUGCUGUGAGUCGUAUACCUCGAAAGUCCAAUGUCGGCUACUUGUACAUAGCACCAAAUACACUUCAUUUCAUCAUUUUCAUAUUCUAUAUUAUAAACAUGGGUCUUAAUAUCGGAUGGUUAUUUGUAUGGGAUCGAGCACACUUUGGUUGGGCUUUGUUAGUUAUUUUUUUAAUGUUUCUUACGAUCACUAUUCCGAUGAUUAUUACACACGUUCUCCUUCAACGCAAUCGACAGAUUUACAUUAAUUCUCGCCGAACGGCCGAUAUAUGGCUUGUACGUGCCUUUGUCCAUAAUGGUUUUGCUAUUUACGGUACAUGGUUGUAUCUUGCAAUGCUACUCAAUUUAACUAUAUGGGUAUCUCGUAUCUAUGACAGAAACGCUCAGUCGAUCACAGACGUGUCAACAGCAGCGUUGAGUCUUGUUUUAGUGGGAAUUCUCGUUUAUUUUGUAUGUGAGAAUUUUAUUUUCUAUUCUUCGAUGGCAUAUACAUUUUUACCAUGGUUUGUUCUGAUAUUUGCAUUAUCGGGUGUUUUAUCGAAAAAUUAUCGACGAAUGGAUAUUCCUGAUAGGAAUAAAUCUUUUACAUUAGCAUUAUUGAUCUUAUGCUGUGUAUUAUUUGCUAUUCGCGUGAUCCUAUUCAUUUUUCGUUAUAUCAAAGGAUACAUUCCAACAAUUCGUGCUCCAUAA